GUGGGUCUUCAAGUUUCAAUCCAAAGACGUUUCAAAGCUUUCUUUCUCUCUUUCUGAUCCCCGAAAUAGUUUGGAUCUUGCUGUCAUUCUCUGUUUUCUGCACCUUUCUGUGAAAGAGCUUCUUCUUCAUAGCUUAAUUAAUCGCAGAGAGACAGUACCAGAAAUGAAGCUCUUGUCUAGAAAGGUCACGUGCAACACUCACGGGCAAGAUUCCUCAUACUUCCUAGGGUGGCAGGAAUACGAGAAUAACCCCUUCGACGAGGUUCGGAAUCCAAAUGGGAUCAUUCAGAUGGGUCUCGCGGAGAAUCAGCUCUCCUUUGAUAUUCUUGAAUCGUGGCUUGCUAUGAACCCGGACGCAGCAGGGUUCAAAAGAGAUGGAAACUCCAUAUUCAGAGAGCUUGCUCUCUUCCAAGAUUAUCAUGGCCUCCCCGCUUUCAAAAAGGCAUUGGCAGAAUUCAUGGCAGAAAUCAGAGGAAACAAAGUGUCCUUUGAUCCCAGCCGCCUCGUUCUCACUGCCGGCUCAACUUCAGCUAACGAGACUCUCAUGUUUUGCCUAGCUGAAGCUGGCGAAGCCUUUCUCCUUCCGACUCCAUACUAUCCUGGAUUUGAUAGGGAUCUCAAGUGGCGAACCGAGGUUGAGAUUGUACCGAUACACUGCACUAGCUCCAAUGGCUUCCGGAUUACUGCAUCCGCUCUUGAAGAAGCCUACCAAGAAGCACAUAAACGUAAUCUAAGAGUGAAAGGUGUGUUGGUGACGAACCCGUCAAAUCCAUUGGGAACCACAUUGAGUCUAAGUGAACUGAAUCUCCUCAUCGACUUCAUUACUGCUAAAGAUAUCCAUCUCAUAAGCGAUGAGAUUUAUUCCGGCACCGUUUUUAGCUCUCCAGGCUUCGUAAGCGUCAUGGAAGUUCUAAAUGGCUACGAAAACACCGAAGUCUGGAACAGAGUUCAUACUGUGUAUAGUCUUUCGAAGGACCUGGGUCUUCCUGGUUUUCGUAUCGGGGCAAUCUAUUCCAACGAUGAGAUGGUCGUGGCCGCGGCAACCAAAAUGUCAAGCUUUGGCUUAGUUUCUUCCCAAACCCAAUACCUUCUUUCUGCAUUGCUUUCUGACAAGAAAUUCACGAAGAAAUACCUCUUCGAGAACCAGGAGAGGCUUGAACAAAGACAGAAAAUGCUCGUCAUGGGCCUGCAGAAAGCUGGCAUUAGCUGCCUUAAGAGCAAUGCAGCUUUAUUUUGCUGGGUGGACAUGCGGCACCUCUUGCACUCUAACACUUUCGAAUCGGAAAUGGAGCUUUGGAAGAAAAUUGUUUACGACGUCCGGUUAAAUAUCUCUCCGGGAUCGUCCUGCCACUGCACCGAACCGGGAUGGUUUCGUAUUUGCUUUGCUAACAUGUCCGAAGCGACUUUGAACCUCGCCAUGCAACGGCUGAAGAACUUUGUUGUGGACUCCACCACCAACAAUGGCAACAAAAGAUCAUUGCACCAUUAUUAUUCUGCCAAGAACUCGAAAAAAAAGUCACUGAUCACUAAGUGGGUUUUCCGGCUAUCAUCUCGUGACCGUGACCGUGACAGCGAGUCGUCCGAUGAACGAUAGUCUGGUCUUAAGGGCAUUACUCAUGAUCAUUCGAAAAGUUUUUUACUUUUUAUUUUUCGGCCA